AAACUAUUUCCUUUCUCUUUUCCCUCUUAUUUUCUUUAUUAUAUCUCUCUUCUUCUCUUCUUCUUCUUCAUCUUCUUCAUCAUUUUGUCUGACAUAUUUUCCGCACUACCUUAUAUCUCUUUUUUUUUGGAUUCACCCUAUGGCGUUUAUAAGGGAAGGCAUGGUGCAACAGCAAGCUUCGGCAGAGGCCGUCGAUAUUCUGCUCGUUUGUUUAAAUUAUCUUUGAUCCAGGGACAUAUCUCUGUCUAGCAAUGGUCGAUUAUCAUCGAACCUGUUUUGUUCGCAAUAUCAAGUAUUCCUUAUGACAUGGCUACGUCACCCCAUCGCCACAUCUAGUUAAGAAACCAUAAGAGUUAUAAUGUUCCCCGCUCGUCUUCAAGCUCCCCUGCGAAGAAUCUCGCCAGGCCUCCUCACCCACUCACCGAGACAUGUCCGACUCUACGCCAACAGUUCAUACGGCGACGGCGAGCCUCACCCCGAGCAAACCAGCCGUGCGACGCGUGACAUCGAGCAUCCAGGACCCCCACCUCCCGACAUGAAAAAGCCCAACACAGCCAAGACAGAGACGGAGACGGGAGCACAGGCAAAGAGAGAGACAACGCCCAUCCCCUCGAACAAAGCCCAUCCUACUCUCUCCAACGGCUGGGCGAGUCCCAACAUCGACGAGGAUGGGAAUCACCGCGCCGAUAUCCCAGAGGAUGUGAAGAGGCAUAACGCCGAGAUGGACCAGAGGCACGAUAAGUCGUACAAUUCGAUAGGGGAUUCGGGGAAGGUGGAGAAGAAGUUUUGGACGGAGGGGGAGGGCCGGUAAUUUAUUUC